UGCGUGAAGAGAGGCGAACAGAGAAGAAAGAGCUGGGACAAGAGCAAGUGAAGGAGUGAGCUGCAAGAGGCAGAGGGAGAGCGAAAGAGCCGUAAUAGGAACAAAAAAAAUUGAAUGAAAAUGUGAGUGAGUCAGUGAAGAGACAAGAAAGAGAGGCAGAGAGAGAGAACACAUGAAAGAGCAGUGUGAGACCUGGAGAGGGUGGCACACAUUUUAAGAAUGAGAGUACUCCUCUGCUUUCUGUGCAGAACUGAACUGAAUCUCAGUUAGCUUUUAUUUGCAGAAACCUGUGCUUCUCUGAGCUACAUUCAGAGAGACUGGACGGUAGAGGAAAUACAGGAGAGGAUACGAAUUCUACUCCCUUCACUCUUUUUUACAGUUUUUACUCCAAGGAAAGGGAUUUUUAGGCUGUUCAUUUAGUGUUUAACAACAAGGCAAGGAAUUUGGAGAGAGCGGUAUGGGGAGCAAGGAAGAGGCCAUGGCUGUGAUACCAGGGACUAGAGCCAGGGAGCGCUGAAGAGAACUCAUCUAAGUGGGCUAAGAACACGCUGUGGCAGCUGGAUCAGAAAUGCACAAGACCUCAAUCCAUAGAGCAUAGAUACCGGGAAGGAUAAUGACACAAGAAGAUGCUAUACUGAUACUGUAUACUCACUAUCACUCUGGACAAAACAGUGAGAGAGGCUCUCUCCACCUACAUUAGUGCAGUCCAGUAAGCAUCCUGCCAGGCACCCAUUCCCUCCCUCUCUCUCAUCCUCCCUGGAUAGAGGUGUCAUUCCUAUAUGAGCCAGUUGUCGGUGGGACAGAAGAUCAUGACCGAGACCUUCCGGCUCCCCUCCUUCCAGGUGCAGGCCCCGGGGGACUGGCAGACCCCGGAUGGAGACCCAGGAUCAGAAGCCUCCGCCGGGGGAAAGGUACCCAUUGCGGGUGGUGACUCUUCCGCCCUCUCCAGUUCUGCCACUCCGUCCCUCCGCCGCAAGCGCUUCAAGAUGCGGCGCAUGAAGAACGUGCAGAGCGAGAGCAGCGUGACCCCGGCUGUGUCUGCAGCGGCUGCCACUAUGAGGUCAGAGGUCAUGAGUAAGGGCCAGGGGUCGCACUCCUUCUCAGGGGGCAUGGAGUACUUACAGCUGCCGUCCAUCGAGAUUACACCAUCCAACGACGAGGACGCGGCAACCACCUGGUCCAACUGCUCCACACCCAGCGCUUCGCCGCGACGCAAGCGCUUCCUGCUGCACCGCUGGCUGAACGUGCGCGAGAAGAAGGAUCACGACAGUGAGAGCAGGGAGAGCAGCCUACACAGCAGCCACGAGGAGGACUCCGCUCGCUUCUUGACCCCUCACAGUCGGGAGGAGAGCACUGCUAGCAAUUCGAACCGGAGCACGCCCACUUGCUCGCCCGUCCUGCGCCAUCGCUCUCGCUCACCCACGCCCCAGCAGAGCCUGGACCCCAGUGGUGAGAACAUGGUGGAGAAGGGCCACUCGGACCCCUCCUCUGACAAGGACAAGUCCCCCUCCACCAUAGAGCAGGUGGUGCAGCGCACCUACAGUCAGUCGGUACACUCCACCACACGCAGCCACGGGGGCAAGAACUCCAAGUCUCACAAGCGACUUUCCAAACAUUGCUGUGGUACCAGGACAGACCCCGAGCAUGAGUAUUUGAAGUAUGACAGACUAAAACUGAUUAAAAAAAGCCAGAGCUGGUACAACGUAUUGAGUCCCACGUAUAAGCAACGCAAUGAGGACUUCAGAAAACUCUUCAAGCAGCUACCCGACUCAGAACGCCUCAUUGUGGACUACUCCUGUGCCCUGCAAAGAGAUAUCCUGCUGCAGGGGCGCCUCUACGUCUCGGAAAAUUGGAUCUGUUUCUAUAGCAACAUCUUCCGCUGGGAAACGCUGCUGACGGUGCGGCUGAAGGAUAUCUGCAGCAUGACCAAGGAGAAGACGGCCCGCCUCAUUCCCAACGCUAUCCAGCUGUGCACUGACAAUGACAAGCACUUUUUCACCUCGUUCGGAGCGAGGGACCGGACAUACAUGAUGAUGUUCAGACUAUGGCAGAAUGCUCUGCUAGAAAAGCCCUUGUGUCCCAAAGAAUUGUGGCAUUUUGUCCAUCAGUGUUAUGGCAAUGAGCUGGGUCUGACCAGUGACGACGAGGACUACGUGCCGCCGGAUGAUGACUUCAAUACCAUGGGGUACUGCGAGGAGCUGCCCGUGGAGGAUAAUGACACCAACUUCGCCAAGAUGCCUGACGCCAAGGGAGACACCAGCCCCCUGUUGUCCCACAGAGCCUUCCCCAACAACGCCCUAUCCUGUCCGGGCACCAUCGAAUCACUCCUCCCCUUUAACUUGGCUGUCGUGGACGAGUUCCCCCUGUGUCUCCCCGAUGGCGAACUCCUGACCCUCCAGUUGCCGGGGUUGGACAACCGGAGCAGUGGUCACAGUAGUCCCGCCCCCUCGCCCUCGCUGGACUUCAACGACAACGAGGACCUCCCUACCGAGCUCAGCGACUCCUCCGAGACGCACGACGACGAAGCAGGGGAGGUGCAGGCCUUCCAUGAGGACCUGAAUGGGAAGCAGUACAUAAACGAGGUGUACGAGUUCAGCGUUGACAAAAUGUAUGACAUCCUCUUCACCGAGUCCACCUUCAUGAGGGACUUCCUGGAGCAGAGACGCUUUUCAGACAUAGUCUAUCACCCCUGGAAGAAAGAGAAAGAGGAGACGGGCAACCAGACCAGAGAGAUCAUGUACACCAUCUCCCUCACGAACCCCCUGGCCCCCAAGACAGCCACAGUUACUGAGACGCAGACGCUGUACAAGGCCAGCCAGGAAAGCGAGUGCUACAUCAUAGAUGCCGAGGUGAUAGCACACGACGUCCCCUACCAUGACUACUUCUACACUCUAAACCGCUACGUGCUCACCAGGGUGGCCAAGAAGAAGUGUCGGCUCAGGGUAUCCACAGAGCUGCGCUACAGGAAACAGCCGUGGGGGCUGGUCAAGGGAUUCAUCGAGAGGAACUUCUGGAGUGGCUUGGAUGAGUACUUCAGACACUUAGAGCUGGAGCUGAGUAAGGUGGAGGUGGUCCUGGCCGAGCCCCACAGACAGUCCCCCAAGGCCAGGGCUCUACGGGCAGGGGCAUUGAGGCGACGGAAACGGCCCCUGGUCCACCUGCGGCCCCCACACAUGGACGAAGCCCUCAGCUCCGUCACCACGCCCGAGGACGAGGAGGUCACCCACCGCCACCGGAUCAAACACGUGGCAGGUUCCACUCAAACCAGAUACAUCCCGGACAAUGUCCCAGGGGGCCUAGCACUCUACAGUGUCUCCAAGCUACUCCUCAUCAUCAGCUUUGUCCUAGUAUUGCUGGUGUUUCUGAACAUGAUGCUGUUCUAUAAGCUGUGGAUGCUGGAGUACACAACACAGAGCCUGACCUCGUGGCAUGGCCUACGACCACAGGAAAGUAAACUUCCACAGACGCAGCUGGAGUGGGCCCGGCUUCUGGAGUCGCAGCAGCGGUACCAUGACGAUGAGCUGCAGAAGUGGAAGGAGAUCAUCAAGUCGUCGGUGAUGUUGCUGGACGAGAUGAAGGACUCAUUACUAAACCUGCAGAAGGGCAUGGGCUUAAGAGACUAUAACUCUGAAUCGGAGGAGAAGAGGAGUCGAUAUCACUGACAAACAGACAAUCCUAAGGCACCAGCCAGGACAUUAUGUGCAAUAUCUAAGGAACCAUUUAUGGGAAAGUCUUGGGAAAAGUCUUAGGAAAACAAGAGAAAUAUGUUUUCUUGCAUGGGGGAAUGACGACAGGUCUCCCAGAACGACCGAAUCCACUCCCACCGCCCAACGUCUGGCAGAAAGUUACCUCAUCACCACCAGGACAGGAUUGGGGCGGACGCCGUCUGCACCGUUGCAUCAUGGGAAAAGACAGCGGUGCCAUGACCUACAUUGGCCUAAACUCUGACUUUUUUAUCACCUCGUUCUCUGAGAAUGCUGUACUGUAAAGUGUUUUGUUUUGUUUGUUUUUUGGGGCCACAUACGGACAAAGCAAAGAUAGAAGGGAUGGGUCAGGGAAGCUUCCAUUUCUUGUCUCCGUCGGGAAAAUGUUUUUGUUUUCGGUGGAGAUGUGUAUUGAAACGUCGGCAUAUUUGUCUCAGAAGAGCAAAAAUAAUACUGGGUCAGGGGUUCCUUGUGUUCCUCCGUCGCCUUUUUAGGAACUCUUGGACAAAGUUUUGGAGCUGCAGUAUCCCUUUUUUUUUUACAAACCUUUGGACUCUGGGACCACGAUCAUAAACGGAACCACAAUCAACAUGCAGUGUUUCAACACAACCCAUCAUUUCUAGGAUGGAACCACCAGGAAUCAUAGUAUAUUAUAAAUACAUAUAUAUAUAUACAUAAUAUAUAUAUAUAUAUAUAUAUAUAUAUAUAUAUAUAUAUAUAUAUAUAUAUAUAUGAAUAUAUUAUAAUGACGUAUGUCUUUUUUUGUAGAAGUCAGGGCAAAUUUUUACCAGGCUUCCAUGGUGUAUCAGGGCAGGUUUCCCUGAAAGCUUGUGCCAUGGCGUUGUGUUUCUAUGUUUAUGUGUUCAUGUUUUCUAAGGCAUGUUCUCUACUGCGUGUAGAGUACCCCUACCCCUUUGAUUUGUAUUUGUGGACAGGGGAGCUAGCCAUAGCUUUUAGCAGCAGUGAGAAUGUAUUAGGUAACUGGUUACGUUGCCAGCUUGUUAGCUUACACGGAUGAGAAAGCGGUCAGCUUUUGCAGAGGUACACAGUAGGUGUUUCUCAAUAUGCAUACUACCGUGCUCCACACUGUCAUGCUCCGAGUGCAUUCUUAGAAGACGUUCUCUUGGGUACAUUCUUGUGAGGACGAGAGAGAGGAGAACGCAAAAAAAACAUUACAUUUGAGAAGCACACCCCCUACUCUAUUCUCAUGCUGCACUUCCCUAUUCACUGAACUUUCUUCCAGCCCGGACGAUGACAAUAGAGAUGAAACAAGAUAUACACAAAGCAAAUGUUUUACUUCAUAACUAGCAGCUAUCUAUAUGUGAAUUUUAAUAAUCUAGCUCAUCAGGUAGUUUAACAGGCAAAAAUGACCUAAAACAUAUGUUAUGCAAAGUAGAUGUCAAUUCUUCAUGGUUAGCUAGCUAACAGUUCUUUGUGGCCAUCUGGCUAGCUAACAGUAGUAGCUAGCCAGUUAGCCCUAUUGACUUACUACGUACGGGCUUGCGAUCUACACAUACUACAGUGGGUAUUGUAGGCAGGUAAACAUGCCAAAAUUAACACAGCAUGUAUUUAUUAACGUAUCCAGAUAAAAUAUUGUAGUCAGGCAAUAUAUGAGAUGUCAGAGUCUGCCAUUGAUUUCUAAUAAUUUUGUGUAAUUUUUUACAUUUUUCUGUGCAUAGUUUCCAUUGAAACUUGCUUGAUGCUUCAAAAUAUGUACAACCAGAGUACGGAUUCGGGAAGUGCCCUCCGUGCUCUGUUUCGCAUACUUUGAUUUGGACUCAUACUCCGACCCUCCUGUGCUUCAAUUUGUGUGCUCGGAGCAUGAUAGUAUGCAUUUUGAGAAACACACAGUAUUUUCCAAUGAUGCAACGUUCUUCCGGGAACAGGGCUUUCUUGGCCCAAGCCAACCCUAAAUGUUAUAUCAACGUUGUGCUUAGGUUUUAUCCAUACAUGUCUUCAACCUUGUCCUUCAGGAUGAUUUGUUUUAGGUUAUGGAUACAUCUAUUCAUUGUUGCCAAGAUUUACGUGUCAACUUUUAUGCUAACGUAUCUUUUUUGUUUUUGGGCAGUAUUGUUAUCAUCUUUUAUUUAGCCGCUUUGUGUUGUAUCAAUUCAUUUGUGGCUGUCCUGUAUUGGCUGGAAUACAAUGUACUUGGGAGUGUACUGUAUAGGCAUUGGUAUGGACCCUAAGUGAUUUUACACAUUCAAUGGAGCUUGAAUGUGUCCCUAUCGGCGCUUCAAAAAUAAUGUAGGUUGUUUUUCCCCAGUAUUUGUUAUCAGCCCAAAUACUGUGUCAGACAGAGAAAACAUAAUGAUCAGUGUUAUGAUAAUGUGGAUGUUACACUAUGUCACUCUAUGAACCUUCUUCACAGGGCACCUGGUUGUUCAGCUUUUAACCACAGACGGAGUGGACAGUAUUUUAGGGAGGGUAUUUCUUCGGAGAGGGACGUAAUUUUACGAAGGGAUACUGCAGCUGAACCGAAAAACUUUGAUUACUACGAAAUAUUUGAUGAUUAAAACUGUGAACUUCCUCAUUGAAAAAUAUGCUUGAAGCUGGAAAAAACAAGAAUAACGGAAAUUGUACAGUAUUCAGAGGCAAAUAUUUAGGGGGUUAUUUAUGUACAGUGUAUACGAGAAAUGUAAAAGAAACGUUUGGGGAAACGUUCAGUGGUCACCCACUGCAGAACUGGAUUCAAAUACAGUACCAUUUGAAAUAAUUUCAAAUAUUUCAGCUGUGCUUGAUUGAGUUUUCCUGGCUUUUACGGACCAAUAGAAAAGUCCUAAAACUGCAGACCCCACCCAUUGACACUCUAGGCAGGCUAAAACAAACUCAAAGUAUUUGAAAGAUUUCAGAUAGUAUUUGAACUCGGGUCUGACCUACUGUACUCCUCUGUCUUCCCAAAGAUGUAUGUUGUGGGCUAUGUCCUGGCGUAUUGGAUGUGUCAAGUUGACACAGUCAACCAUUCCCACAUCGUUUGUGUUUGAUGAUUUAAAAUGCCCCAAAUGUAAAAUGUACAAGAAUGGUAUCAACUGUGGCUAAAACUACAAUUUUAGUAUCUCCCCAUCUGUCUAUGGAAGAAGCAUAGCUAUCAAAAUACAUUUUCAUUUCAAAUUGAAUUUUGACAGCUAAACACUUCCAUAUUUGCUUGCCACCCAAUGUUGAAUUGGUUGGACUCUCAAGGAUUCCUGUGACGACCUUGGAAACGAACAAAGCCUGCGGCCGUUGAUUCAGCCACUAACUGGUAUGUUUGAGGGAUUGGGAUGAAGACACACAGUGCACGGUGUGCAGAAGUAACAUUUAGGCCAAAAUGAUUAUGUCUGAGUUUAUCAACGUUACGCAUUGGGAUACAACGCUUUAGACAUGGGUCAUAUUCACUACCAAGCAAACGGGCGAAAACAGAGAGGGACGUACCUGAAUGUGUCCAAUAAGAAACACUACUUUUCCGCUACAAAGCAUUUUGCUAUAGUGUGCGCUAAUGAAUAUGACCCUGCACUCAUUGGCUUUGCAGACAGUGGAUCGGGCACAACUCACGUACAUUCCAAAAAGAGGAGGGUUUCAUCUCAAAGAAGAAACAACAAUAUAUGCAAUGGAUUGAUACAGUGGGUAGCGCUUCAUACAUUAUGAAUGUGAGUCAUUUACACUAUUGCUGAAUGAUUGUCCCACUCCCUUGCGCUAUGACAUGGUCAAUGUUGCUGAAAUGGCCAUUUGACCUAGUUCAGGUCAAGUUGUUAAGCCUCAUUUUAAGAGUGAUAAUUGAGACAACGAGAUCUAUUCAGGGCAGAUGAAAUGGUAUUCUUGAGAAAAAGGGCCCAUGAUGAGAUUACAAUGAUUUAUACUGAACCUUGCAUUAUUCACCAGUCGACAUGACAAUCAUUUCUGUUGACUCGGUGAGAGGAGUAGAAAGCGGUCAACCAACGUGAGACGAUGUGCAAACCAAAAGGUGACCCUUGGAAAGGUGACCCUUGGAAUGAGAUGGAAUACGAAGCAGGAGGAAACAACGCAACUUGCCGCUCGUUAUUGAUUUUGUUGCCGAGGAGCGUCGCACAACAAUGUGUAGUACAUAUUGUGCUCUUCUAUCGUGUGUGCAAUGCUGUUGAGGUGGGAAAAAAACAUUGUUCAUUGAUUGCAGUAACUUUGUUGCUGUAAUAUCUCAAACGGACGUGGCUGUUUCACCAUGAAGGAUUCGAAGAAAACGCUCUAUUAAUCCGAUGCAAUACAUAUAUUUAAAUACAUUAUCUAAAAUUUCGAUAGUAAGCUGCCUUCGUUUGAGUUCCUGAAAAACGUAGAGACCCUUGAUGACCCUUCUAUAGAGAAUGCAUGCUAGAUUCCUGUCUCAUUUGAUUUAAUUCAUGAUCUCAGAUGUGUUCUAUGCAUAGGUGCUUUAUAUAUGCAGGAAUGCCUCAAAUGGCCCUGAAAAUGAAAUUGUUAAAUUGUGUUUUUAAUAGAAUGGUCAGUAAGCAUGUCUGAGUGUCUGAGAAAACAAACAAAAUAUGUUGCACCCAAAAAGUAGUGUUCUUAAAAACCUGAAACUGAAAGAGCUUUCUUUAUUAAUUUGAACGCUCACAAAGCUGCAGCUUGACCUGUUCAUGUUUGCCAAAUGAUAGUAAAUUCUAAGGAAAUUAUGAACAAUAUGCACAAUAUAGGUAGAAAAUAGUGUCUUAAAUUGAGCAUGAGACAUACAUAGCGAAUUGAAAGGAUGUAUUUUAGAGCUUGUGUUUGUGGUUAAGUUUCCAUGACAAUCCCAAGAAGCCUGACCUCCAAUGCUUUCAAACCCUUCACUUCAGUACACACACGAGCGCACACACCUCAGACAGGUGCAAGUUUUCCAUCUCAGAAACACUCGUUUGUGGUAUUGUAUAUCCUCUGUGUGUGUGUACAAUACCUGAUAUGUUUUUUAAAGUGUUUUUGAUCUCCUAUAUAUGACUGAAAUAUUUAUACAGAUAAUACUGUAUGUAUAUGUUGUGUAUAGCUCCAGUGUACACAGACUAGAGAAACCCAUCCACGCUGGGCGUGGUCUUGGGGGGAAAACUUUGAAAGAAAGAACAUUCUAAAGGCUUUAUUGGUUUGUGGAGGAGUAGAGAUUAAAUAAAAUAAUGGAAAGUA